AUGGAGAGAACAAUCGGGAACAACUUUCAAACCCCGGCAGGAUCUUUCAAUGCUUUCUGUAUUUCAAGAAUUUUGAUUGAUGCUGCUUUCUACGAUUGGGAGAGAAAAAUGAGUCCAAAAGUUACCUACGCGAUAGACUACAAGGGACAACCAGCUGACAAGACGAGAACUGGAGGAUGGAUGUCUGCAGCUACUAUCUUAGUUACGGAGGCAUGCGAGAGGUUCACAACAAUGGGAAUUGCAGCCAACCUUGUGACUUAUUCAACUGGGACGUUGCAUCUUCCUAGUUCAGUUGCGGCCAAUAUGGUAUCGAACUUUUCUGGCACAGGAUAUGUCUUGUGUUUGGUCGGUGGUUUCGUGGCUGAUAGUUUCUUAGGCCGAUAUUGGACAAUUCUCAUUUCUUCAAUAACCUUAGCGGUGGGUGCUGGCAUUUUAUCAAUAUCAUGUGCAGUUCCAACACUACAACCACCCCCUUGCCCCCUUAACAGUAGUACCUGCAUACCGGCCAAUGGAUUUCAAGUUGGAAUCAUAAAUCUUGCUCUAUAUGUGAUCGCAGUGGGAGAAGGAGGACUCAAAGCCAAUGCAUCAGGAUUUGGAACUGAUCAAUUUGACGAAGAUGAUAAGAAGGAAAAAACAAAGAUGAAUUACUUUUUUAGUAGAUUUUAUUUCUUCAUCAGCCUUGGAACUAUACUUAGUGUCACACUGGGAAUAGGGGUACAAGACUAUGUUAGCCGAAGCUGGGGAUAUGGGCUUUGUUGUUUUGCAUUCUCUAUUGGUAUAAUUUUAUUUGUGUCACGGACUAGAAGAUACAGGUACAAGAAUCUCCAAGGAAGCCCCAUUGUUCAAGUUCUCAACGUUUUGGUGGCUGCUAUACGGAAGAGGAAACUCAAGUAUCCUACCAAUGUUGAUACCUUAUAUGAAGACUCUACUGAGACUGCUCCAAGAAUCCGUCACACAGACCAAAUUCAUUGUUUGGACAAGGCUGCAAUCAUAGACGAAAACAAUUAUGGGACUAAUGGUUCUGUGAUUCGAAACCGUUGGAAAUUAUGCUCAGUCACAAAGGUAGAGGAGGUGAAAAUGGUAGUUAGACUACUACCAAUUUGGGCCUCCACAAUCUAUUUCUGGACCAUUCAUUCACAGGUGCUCACCUUCUCUGUGGAGCAAGCUUCAACGAUGGAGAGAACAAUUGGGAACAAGUUUCAAAUCCCGGCAGGCUCUUUCAAUACCUUUUAUAUUUUGGGCAUAUUGGUUGGUGCUGCUUUCUACGACCGAGUAAUCAUUCCCUUGAUGAAGAAGUGGAAAGGGAAACAUGGUGUCACAAACCUACAAAGAAUAGCCAUUGGCUAUGUCUUUGGAAUUAUUGCUAUGGCAGUUGCUUCAAUCGUGGAGACAAGACGGAUGUCAGUGGUUAGAGCUAAAGGUGGCAAUGUCGCAACUUUGCCUAUGAAAUUCUACAUAUUGAUCCCGCAGUUCUUCUUAGUUGGCGUGGCAGAAUCAUUCGCCUACAGCGGUCAACUUGAUUUUUUCAUAACUAGAUCUCCAAAAGGGAUGAAGUCAAUGAGCACUGGGCUUUUCCUCUCGACUGUAGGAUUCGGAUUUUUUGUUAGCUCUUUGUUGGUGAUCAUAGUCAACAUGGCGACUGCUACCCAGGUUGGCACAGGAUGGCUAGCCAGUAACAUAAACUAUGGGAAAUUAUACUAUUUUUAUGCUCUUUUGGCUGGGUUAACCUUCAUAAACAUGAUAAUCUAUCUUUUUUGUGCCAUGUGGUAUGUGAGAACAAUGAAAGAUGCUGCACAAAUAGAGAGAAUUGUUACAAAUUCUGAAGAGGAAGAGAAACAUGCCAUGGAGAUGAAGGGCACCCUUACUUCUGCAGAGGAAGAUUGUGAAUGA